AUGAAAAGAGGCCUAGCAGCUUUGGAGGCAUCCGAUAAGAAAUUGAAACUCAGCAGAGAUGAUGAUGACCAAGCAUUGGAAAAGGAUCCACGACAACAACAAACAGAGGAAGAAGAAGUGGAGGUUCAUGAUGAUGAAGAACUCUACAUGUCUUAUGAAGAUUAUUGGAACGUUGUUGCUGAGAUAGGCUGUGAUGAUCAUAACCAUGAUGAAGAGGAUUUUUCGGAUGUGAUUGUGAGAACUUCAUUUCAUGAUUAUCAUUUGCAUAAAAUUAUAUUGAAUCGAUGUAAUUAUUUCAAAAUGUGUAUGAAACGAGACUCGGGAUUCAGUGAUUCAAAUCAAUUUGAAAAUGGAAAGUUAUUGAUGGAUCUGAAAGCGAUGGAAGAAACAUUUGAGAAUAAUGGAUCUAAAAUUGAGAAGGACAUGUUCGACAAGAUUGUAAAUUUUAUUUAUUGCAAUCAUGUGGAAGUGCAAGAUGCAGAUGCCAAUGAUUUAUAUUGUUUGAUUCAGAUUGGAAAUUUUCUUGACAUGAAACAAUUACAGGAUUACAUUAUUCAAAAAACGUGGCCACAUUUCAGAAUAUAUUUGAAAGAAAGGUUGGGAUUGGAACUACCAUUAGAAGAAUUAUUGUUCUACUCUUUAAAUGUUGUGGAAGAUGGCAACGAGUACUUGAUGGAAAUUCCAGAAAUUCCAAUAGAGUUUUUGAAUUUCAUGUUUUCACAACCAAAAAUUCCAAUUACAUGCAAACUUGAGCUUCUAUACAAACACUUCUAUCAAAGCACUGGAAAAGAUUUGAAAGAAAUUGACAAGUCUGAAAUUUUCACACACCCAUUCGUACAGCCAUACUCCAAACUCAUGCAUCAAUUGAAAGAAAUGCUUCAACAACCUGGCAUGACUCUUUCUUUCAUCCGUGAAUCAGGUGCCCAAUAUUUCGCACAAAUGUUGUGCCCAGAAUUGCCAUCCUCGUCGUCCACUAAAAUAGAUAUUCAAAUUACACCAGCAGCUUAUUUAGAAUUUAAUUUGGAGCCGAGUGAUGAUAUCAUCGAGGAACAUUUUUUGUUUGGAACAUUGUUGGAUUUACGUAUUGCAUGUGGUGAGAGAAGUGUUUGCUAUUGGUGGACUUUUCAAUUAUCCAACCUUGAUUUUCCUUAUCCAAUACAAGUGAGCUUUUAUAUAAUGUAUAGAAAUGCGUGUGGAGGACUUGAGCAUACAAAAGUGAUUUCUCAAGGUUUGCCACCACUUGAAAAAGGAGAGUCACAAGAGAUUGGAGUUGUCUAUGGAGAACAACUGUAUAUUGGUCGUGUUGCUAUGAAAGGAGUUCUCAUAGUCGAAAAAGCUUAG